AUGUCUCCAGCAGCACACCCACGACUCAUCUUUGGCGGGUCCAGCAUCGGCGACCACUACGCCACGCCGCAGGAGGUCACCGGCCUCCUCCAGCGACUGAGAGUGACGGGCAUCAGAGAGCUUGACACCGCAGCCCGGUACCCCGCCAUCAAGUUUGGCGCUUCCGAGCAGCUCCUGGGCGAGGUCGGCGCCGCUGCUCAGGGCUUCGCCGUGGACACCAAGAUCCUCGUCCUGAGCACCGACGGCAAUGGCAGUCUGGAGCCGGCAAAGAUCCAGGACUCGGUCAGCAAGAGCCGUGUGGCCCUCCAGAUGGGAGUUGAGAAGCUGAACGUCCUCUACUGCCAUGUUCCGGACUUCGAGACGCCUCUGGAGGUCCAGGCUGCCGCCUUGGACGCUCUGCACAAGAAGGGCACGUUCGAUAAGCUCGGCGUUUGCAGCUGGCCCGAGGAGAUGCUGGAUCAGUUCAUUGCCAUCUGCGAUCGCAAAGGCUACGUCAAGCCCACCGUCUACCAAGGUCUCUACAACCUCGUCUGCAGGGGGCACGAAUCCAUAUUCCCAGCCCUUCGAAAGCAUGGCAUUGUUUACAACGCCUACAGCCCCCUCGGCGGAGGUUUCCUCUCGGGCAAGCUCACCUCCGGCAGUAUCGAGGGCACCCGGUUCGGCAGGGACAACAUCGUCGCCUACUAUUCCAGGCUGCAAUAUGACAAGCAGGAACUGCACGAUGCCGUCAAUGCACUCGACGACAUACUUCAGUCAGCCAACAUCUCAAAGAUCGAGGCGGCUCUGCGCUGGAUCUCGUACCAUUCCUCGCUCGGCGCGGAGGACGGCAUCAUUCUCGGCGCUAGCAAGCUGCAGUACCUUGAUGAGAACAUUGCAGCGAUCGAGAAAGGGCCGCUUCCGGCGGAGAUUGCAUCCAGAAUGAGCGGGCUAUGGGGUCCGCUGUCAGGACAGUGGGAGAAGAAGAACGGGAGGAUUUAA